GACGGGAAUCCUAACCACGUCACCUCAUCCAAAAGAAGUGGUGGUUUUCGCAUAUUGUUCUCCGUUGAGCCUUUGUGAACUACAGGUCUGCGUGUUGUAGUUUUCAAUCGUUGUCCUGACAAUGUCGCAUUAAUCAUUCAGCAAAACGACCUGAACUUCGCCUUCGGUGAUCGAUCUUAUCGGAAAUUUCAAGUACAGUUGUCUGUGUCGACUCGACUGUUGAGCUAACAAGAAGUCUGGUCGCAUCGUUGUCGGGAGAAGAGAGCAGCCAUUAUAGGCCACGGUUAGCAUCUCUAGCCCUCCUCCUUUCCCCCAAAAGAUUCCAUAUCUCGCAUGAUAUGUCCUCCAGGAGAUCCUGCUGUUGUUCACUCCUUGUUUCACAUUGUAGGAAUACGCUUCAAUUAUGGACAAUGUGUUGGGUAAAUCAAGAUUUUACACUCUGAGGAAGUGAAUGGACGCAGUAUCGUUGAUGUUUGAUUGCCUACUAGAUCUAGGUUGUGCUAGUUUCGGCUUAACGUAUGAAGACUCGUUUUCGGUGGUUCAACAUCCUUGCUCUUCAUCCUUUAUUCAAAUCAAAAUAGCAAUAUCAAAUAAAACUGAUAGGGUUAGCAAUGGAAAAAAAACUUAUUGGAGCUGAUACAGCAAAAGAGCAUGAUUCCGUGUUAUGACCCCCCGUCCCAAUGGCAGCAACAAUUUCACGGGUGCUGGCAGAGUCGUUGUACUAUUGCGAUGCAUUCAUCGGAGACGCCCGAGCACCUGGCUUCGUUGUAUAAUCACCUCCGCACAGUAUAACCAUAAGCAGGAGCAAAACACUAGCAUUUAGUUUUCGAGAAGAAUCGCGUUAGAAGACAUUUUAGUUCACGGAGGUUAUACGAUCACCCCAACUCACUGUCAGCAGUGAUAUUGAUCAAUUACUAUCUACAACCACUCAGGAAGUAUAAGAAACCAUAACCCUUAUUGUAUUGAAAUCAAUGACGUAAAAAAUCUUAGGCAGCUCGCCGAAUAGAUUCAAAUCAUCAAAAACAUCUUCUCUUAAUCACUGUGCAUUGAACUAAAGUAUAGAUCUUCUACUUCUCCUUCUGAGCAGCUUGUUCCUACCCCUCGGUUACAUAUUCGAAUUUGAGGCUCGACUUUUUUAGAACUGGUUGUCCACUUAUUUGUAACGCCGCCCUUCCUCGUACAUUCAUUAGACUUAAUCAACAGACAUGUUGGACUCCUUGCAUGAUAAAAGAAACCAUGCACAAAUGACAAAUCUCUUGCCAAGUUGAUUUCUAUCUAGCUUGUAAUUUGAGUUUCCUGAUUUUUUCGGUGUCCUUCUUCUGCUUCUCUUCGUUGUAGAAGAGAGUAAGGCAAAGCGAGCCUGCUAACUCUCGGACCACGACGUACCAAACUACAACAGACCAUUCGUAACCACUUCCUUGUAGUCACAGUCUUAGGUUAUCUGCUUCUGCUGGCUUCACAGCAUCACGAUCAAACAACAAGUGAAGACCAUCUUCAUUAAGUUGUACCAGAAGCAACUCGAUAGCUUCAGCGAACUGCAAGGACAUCAAGAUGUUGGGCGACAACCCAUUUCCGCGUCGUGAGGACACGAUGUACCUCGACACCAUCCACCCAAAAGACGUACCGCUUGGAAGAAUAUAUCCUCCAAAAGUUACGGUUCUUCGUAGUUUUCCACUAUGUUGUGGCACAGUGAUCUAUCUCAGUAUAGAAGGAAGAAACAAGGAGUGUCUUCGUAUUUCUGUAUUUUCUUCCAGGGGAUCGUUCGACCGCUGAUCAAGAUCAGGGACAUUACUUUUUCACUUGGGCCAAAAGCAUAGUGUAAAACUAUUUUUUCUAAUUCAGACGAGGACUUAUCAUUGAAAACGAAUGAUAUUUUCAAGGCCCGACCUUACUAUCACACGCAUUACCUUCGAAAACUAGAGAAGCCGGAGCCAGGUUCUUACCUUUGUGAUGCUGCUCGUAGUUGUAUGGAUGUGUUUUUGAUGAGAAUCAAUAUGAAUAUGAUCACAUUCGUGGGUUAAUGAGAUUAUGGACAUACCGAUCUUGGACUUUGUUGUGCUGGUGAUAAAUAGGCUUUUUCGGCUUCACAACCUUUCACCACAAACAACAGAACCCGGACAGAGAGCGCGAACGUGCUAUCCAAACCCCCUGAGGAGGCCACGCGAUCUGUCACUCACUGUUGUGGACAUAGAAGGUGCUCGACCUGCGAAAACUCAGGUACUAGCUUGACACGUGACGCUACGUUCUUGUCUAGCAUAGUCACUUUCUGAUAUGCAUUACGAAGACCAUUUAGUCGAACAAAAUUAUCUUUAUAGCUCCGUUCUGUAGCUUGCGGGAGACAGUUGAUUGAAAUUAAGAAUGUCAUUAUAACUUAUCACCUGCACCUUCACAUCCUCCACCACCACACAACAUUAAAAAUCAUGAUGCCUAUGACCCAUGAUAUUGAUGUCUUUACAGAUUUUCAAGGGAUGCCGACACAUUGACCCAUUGCAGCCAGAAUACAAGCUACCCACGUGCAGGCCGCAACUCCCAGUUUCCCCCCGAAGAUUUAGUGGACGUCACACGAACGACAUCUCCGAUAUUGAGUACUAUAACUAGUGUCUUCAUCUGGUGCUACUUAAUUGAUUCGGAUUUGCUGUUGAAGAGUGAGAGAGUUGUAUCGACUUAUACAUAGGGUUCAUCUUAUGGUUACUUGUAUUCGUACCUUGGACGAAACAAUGUGUUUCAGCUACUCAAGAUCAUGUAGUUUUAUAACUCGAGGUCGACGAAGAUAUUGUUAGUACUGGUAAGUUGAUUGUUGAUGUUGAUCUACAUCCAGAUCUUCAUUUUGACUGUAUAUUUAACGCGCAGGUUCACGUCUUCAAAGAUAGUAAUUCCCGAUCGGAACUAUGUGCGGGACCCUAAUGAUGCGUCGGAUAUCGAAUAUGCUUGUCCGAAUUAUCGGGGACGCAUUCUUCAGCCGGUAAGGCAAGCGACCAAUGCAACUGGUGCAGACCGCACACUCUACAACUCACUUUCUGUGGGUGACAUCAACGGUCCGAAGAGGCGUAUACCAUUCAGAGAGACGAAUCCCAUCGAUCCAGAAUACACCAUUUCUCAAGCAACGACGACGAGUUUAUACACAGACUGGAACGAAGAGAAAGGUAGCAAUUUUACUGUUGUAGUUGUGAUCAAGGGAUGGACGUGCUGUGCAGUAUGAUCAAGAUGCUAGUAGCCACCCCACAUCGUGCCAUCCCCACCGCAACAAGAGCGAUAUCUAGAUUUUUUAUCUCGUUGUAUCUAUACCCUCCUUUUUUGAUGCUGCAUAGGUCUUUACGCGCCGCAGGCGAGACCGUCUACGAUCGGGACGAUACCUGGGGCAAAGCCACGGAAACUGCAGUGGAGUAAUGGGGAGCCGCAACUUAGUCUUCUCAAAGAAGAUAUCGCUGGUAGGAUUUACGUUUAGCACAAACAAAUUCAUAUUUUUUGACGUUUUAUCUCUUGUGUCGAGAAUCGUUCCUCCUAGAUUUUCACCCAUGCUUCUGGCAACCGUGGAAUAUAUCCCUGAGGUGCAAAUCCGCAGAGGUGGUGUGGCGAGAAGCCGAUACACGUGUAUGACUCAAUGGAAGAGAAACCGCCAAUUACAUUCCACGACCCCUUCGAUAUUCCUGGCGCGCAAGUACUUUCACUGCCUGACUUCGAGUUCAAGAUCAACAUUCAAGACUCACCUUGCUCUACUUCUCAGGAGUCGUGAAAUAUUGCCGAAAACUAGUACUAGUAAAAAACAGAAGUAUGCCUAUUCUGAGAGUUCAAACCACAAUUUUUGUAUCCAGGUUAGCAGUCUUCGUAAGGGUAUGGUUACAAAGCGCAACACUCAUCCCCUGACUCCGGCUUACACGCUUCUCGAUGGGAAGCGGGACGUGCUGCCACGAUAUGUUCCGCGGGUGAACGCGGACUUCCGACUGACAGGAGCUAACAAGGAGAAUCUGCUCCCUCCGCUCGAUCAAACUUAAGAGAAACAAGUUCCCAUUAUAGAGUCUCGGGUGAAGCCCUGUUGAUCAUAGGCGUGGGACUACCAAGAGAUCACGAAAUAUAGCACUACUAUCUCUAAGAUACGCAGAGCGCGCAGACGCUGAAGCAACCAGUUCCCGGAACACCAGCGCAAAAACUAGACCAGUUCAUGGACUGA